UCAAUUCAGUGAAGAUAUGAUUCCUACUGUGGGCUUCAACAUGAGAAAAGUUACAAAGGGUAAUGUUACAAUAAAGAUUUGGGAUAUAGGAGGGCAACCACGAUUCCGAAGCAUGUGGGAGCGAUAUUGCAGAGGAGUUAAUGCUAUUGUCUACAUGGUAGAUGCUGCAGAUCGUGAAAAAAUAGAAGCCUCUCGAAAUGAGCUGCACAAUCUUCUAGAUAAGCCACAGUUACAAGGAAUCCCUGUUCUAGUACUUGGAAAUAAGAGAGACCUUCCUAAUGCUUUGGAUGAGAAACAGCUAAUUGAAAAGAUGAAUCUUGCUGCUAUUCAGGACAGAGAAAUCUGCUGCUACUCAAUUUCUUGCAAAGAGAAAGAUAAUAUAGAUAUCACGCUUCAGUGGCUUAUUCAGCAUUCAAAAUCAAGAAGAAGCUGAAGUCUUCCUGGAAUCUCCAGUACCAGUUGGCCAUAAUCUCAAUUGUCCACUUCCCUCCAUAAUGAGAUACUACCCCAAAAUCCUGUAUCAAGAAUCUGCCUUUUCACGGUUCAUUUCUCAUGUGCACUGCUGAAGACUUGUAUUCCUAUUCUGUCACAAAACAACUAGAGUUGUCAUGAUAAAGUCAGCACAAAUAUUUAUUUUACAACCAUCUAUGGUGGGAGGGUCGUGGGGGGGCUUUUUAAAAAAAGAAAACCUAAUCUCUCUACCAUGUUAACUAUGAUGGUACACUCUGUUCUGGUUUUUCAGGGCCAGGUUUUUAUAUGAUUUUCAGCAGGUGUUUUAUUUCUAGUGUUUAGUGGCUUGAAGAUGCUGAUGCUUGACAGCAUUAAGAUUCUGUAAGAUGCCACAUACAGUAGUUAGAAAACAUUUAAGCGUGAGUUGUGGGAUACUGAUUUAUCUCACAAAUGCAUGUGAUGUGUGUAUGUAAGCAGAGAAAUGGAAGCUGUUUGCAGAGGGGAGCACAAGGCAUAGAUCAGCAUCACUAAUCUACAGCUGAGAUCUUACCCUGUCACUUGGAAAAAAACCCAAACUCUCAUGAUGAAUUAGGAAAGAGUCAAACUGUUCAAAAUCAUUUUGUUGCUUCUAUGUAACAUUUAUGUGGGGAAUGGGAAUGGAAUGUUCUGUCAAGCUUUCAAAAAAUUGGAGUAUUCCAGCAUGAAAACAAAUUGCUAGGAACAUCAGACUUCGUUCAAAUACAUUUUUCUAUCUACAAAUACUAGUGGUCUCUAUCUGAAACCAGAACAUACAUUCUGAGCAGCUGCAUGACACUUAAAUUACUGAUGUUUUUGUAUAGAGUCAGUUGUUGACCUUUAGCACAAUAUCUAUGUAAUUGUCUAGUGUCUCUCCUGCUCAUGAAAUGGCUGGGCACAGUUUCACCUGGUGCUAUGGAAUAUCAAGGCUAUUGUGACAACUCUAGACCUGCCUGCUUUCUUGAUGUAACCAUGUGCAAAGUCUGUAAGUUGCAAGAUGAAAUGUUCUACUGUGUCAAAGCACAAGAGAGCCAAUGAAUUGAUCCUGUUUCUUGACUAGCUCCUACAGUAUAGGGAAGUGUGCAUAAACUAAAGAUUGUAAUGUUUUUGUAGCUUUACUUUCUCAAUGACUUCAGUAUAUUUAAAGGGACGGACUUGUUAGGACUGGUUUGUUCAUACAGUAAUGUCAGUGUAGCUUACUAGUGUAUGCAAAUACAUGGUACACCUGCUUGUGUUGCCUCACACUGUGUGUGAUUCUUCACCUAAAUGUGGUUUGCAUUAUGUUGAAGUCUUUGGUUGGAAACAGUUUAGUCCAUAUCAGUUAUGACAAGCCAGUUUUAAUUUAGACUGCCAUGGCCUUACUGUUCUGUACCAACUAUCGCACUGUUGCACAGACACUACAUGCUGCCUGCAUUCAGUCUGAAUUUGCAUUUUAACUUUUUGUCCCCUUUCAGUUCUCUGAAGCAUGAUUUCAAUUAAUUCAUACUCUGGUGCUGUAGAGGAGAGGGUAUAUUAACUUGCUACUGUAGUCCCUAGUUCACCAGGAACUGCUACAGGUAACUUUUAUUUAGCAAACUUGCUUGUGCCUAAAAUAAGGAAACUAAACUAGAAUGUGUGAAUCUUUGUGGGGGACCAGGUCACUGUUUAGUUAACUGGCCUAUAGCUAAACUCGAUGUGUUUGGUGUUUAUAUACUUCACUGCUUUCAGCGUUUAUGGCAUCCAAACACUACCAAUUGUUAACCUGUGCAUUACUCUCUGCAUGUGAACAACUUAUACAAUUACUGAACUUUGUAAAUACGUGAAUUUUUUUAUUUAGGUGGAUGCAUAUGUUGGUUUACUGCUCUUCAGCUUUAUUCAAUAAACUUAUGUUUUGAGGGUUGUAUUGACACUU